AACAUCUAUGAUACUCAAUAUAUACAGCUUUACAAUAGUAAAAAAUGUUAAAUCUGAUUGCAUUCCACCGAUAUAUUCAAUCAGAUCCAUGAGUAACUGCAUUUUAAUAGACUUCAGAAGCAUAGUUCAAGGUUAUGAGCUGCUAUUACAUAAUCUGAAUUACUGUAUCUCAGUGGAUAUAGUUCUACUCCCAGGUGAGGUAUAGCCUACCACUCGGGAAGGAGCUUCAGUAAAUAUCUGGCAGCAUAAAUGGAUUGUGUGGAAAAAUGUCUGUCCGCACGAGUUAUAAACCGGCUCUGUAUGCAAGAACUCUACUUGUGGACAUCGGAAUGAUAGUGCUGUUGCGUUUCGCGUCACUGCGUCCAGUUUAUUUUUGCAACCAAGAGAAUAUCGUAGGGAUAAGGCGAACGAUCACGAGCUAGUAACAACCCAUUAAAAAAACUACAGACCUUACACAGCACACGUAAUGAAUGAAUAAACCAAUGAUGUGCAUGCUUCUUUUUCUUCUUGCAGCUCCUGCUUGCAUGAUGGUUCUGCCUCCUCGUGCCACCUGACUGCCUUUACGUGUGAGCGAGAAAACCGAAUGAUGCAGAAAAUAAGGUCAAAAGUUAAAAUAGCUCUCAACUGCAGCUAUAUCUGAACCACAAGCGUUACUAGUGCAGAGCAGUAAAAGGCAUGGCUGUGGUUAUUUUCAGAGGAAAUAAGCGCCAGCUUUGAAUGUAAUGCACGGUUACUCUUUUGUCUCUUACCGUGUCUGUACUUUUGUUGAGAGUCACUGAGACUCUCAUGGUUUCUUACGCAGAAGAGAUCCGCGCAUAUUUUAAAUGAUAGCACAUCGAAAGCUACCGCUUAUUACGGUGACAGGACUUGUAUUAAAUACUAUAAUAAAACAGAUUCUUAUUUGUAUCGCUUAAAGUAUGACUUUCAUUAAUUUCAAUUUGAAUAGCAGGUGUUACACAAAUAAAUCUGAUGGUGCAUUUUCUUAGUCAUUGCUGUAAUCCUCAAAUGACAGGUUGUUGUUACAGGUAGGCUAACCUACGUUCGAGUGGGAGGCCGCAAAAAAAUUACCUCAAUUUUGUUUAGAAAGAGUGAGCUAGCAUACCUUGUUCUCUGAUUCAUUCUGAAAAUCGGAAUUCACAAGUGUUUCUACUUUCCUGUUGGUUUUGCAGAAAGUUGCCUGUUUUCGUUCAUAUAGCCGCAUCCGCGCGCCCCCGCGCACGCUCGGCCAGGUUCACGUCGACCUGGCCAGUGGAAAAGAAAAUAUAAUUACUCACUUAUUCUUUUUUGCAGUUUUCCAAUCUUGAAGGAGUGGCUUUCUUGUGUCCUGUUGGAUAAAUAUAUAAAGCAAUUGCAUCGAGUAUAAUGAUGUGCGCAGCAAUGGACCAGAACGUGCUUAUGCUGAAAGAAGUUGCGAUGGAUCUGGAUCGCCUGGAGAAAAGUUUGCAGAAGGGGGUGAUGCUGCACACGCCUACGAACGAUAUAGAUGAGUGCUGUUCUUUGUCCGUACUGGAGUGCUUCAGGGGGAACGUGAAUCUACUCCAGGCUACCCAGAAGAAACUUCAGCACAAACUCUUCAAGAAACUCAUGAAUCCGAUGAUUGUGAGCAACAUGAACUUCUGCACUCUGGAGGAGACACAGAAAGCCAUCUGCCCACCCUGUAACUCCUAUCCAAAGAGAAACAGCGAGCAGUUUGUGAAAGAACUGCGGCUGCUGCUUCAGAAAGCGACAGCCAGACUGACGUGGAAGCAGACCAGAAGAUAAAGGAUGCAGGAUACUUCACAAGACACUACUGAAAAUGGGAGAUUAUGAGAUUGUUGCUCUGCAUAAUCAAUGUUCAAGCUGUGUUAUUUAUUUAAUAUUUAUUUAUCAAAUAGAUUUUAUGAAGUAUUUUCAAAGUUAAAACAAAUUUUUACUGUUUGCUUUUCUUCUGCUAACGUUACUAUGUAACAGAGUUAUACUGUACAAACGCCUAUCAGCUGCACAUUGUUGAGCUGCUGUUGGCACAGCUGUCAGUCCAUCAGAGUUUUUACAAAUCAGCGCUAUGGCAAUCCGCUAUCGGGCAGUUGAGCUGGAGCACCGGCCACCAGUAUGAACUAGUUGGCAAAUGGUCCUGCCGCUAUUGCACCGCUAUCUUGCAUAUUUGCAAAGCAGCUGGUGCAAAGAACGGUUAUGUACUUGCUUUCUGGGUAUUGACAAUUUCAGUAAAUCUAAAGCUGUCUGAGCUGACAGACCUGUUCAGGGCACCUGUUCUGUUUAUUUGGGUAAAUAUUCAGAUAUUGCCCUUGCAGUAACACCCAGCCAAGGACUGGAUUUUAGAGUAAUCUAGAUGGAGGAAGAGUUUGUUUUCCAUGCUUAAAUAGAACAUUCUGAAACAUUAUAAACUAUUAGUUUUUCCCAGAUUGCAUGUAUAGACUGCAUGCCUUUUUACAUCUCUUUCACAGUGUGUAUGAAACCCAGCCGACAGUCUUAAGUGUCUCUUGUCAAAAUGUUAUUUAGCACCACCUACAGGAAUACCUGCAGUAGAGCAGGUAAUUCAUUCAUUUGUUCAUCUUUCUGUGUGUACAAUAUUGCUGAAAUUGGUUUUGCAAAGAAACACAAUGCUGUGUCAUUGAAAUGCUGAUCAUAAACAAAGCCAUUACAAAGCUUUGUUUCUCAGAAUGAUAAAGAUCUCAUAUGGAGAUAAAAUGCAGUUUUGUAUCAUUAUACAAAAAUAUUAAGGAUCAUUAUGUCUAUGUUCAUAUUCCUGUAUUGUGUGACAUAAUUAUUUAUCAAUAAAAAUAUUUUUAAAUAA